AUGUGCAUUAUUAUUUGUGGUGUUGUAAUUGUUUUAAUUCUAUUAGUUCUAUUAGUUCUAUUAUAUUUACUUCGUCCUAUGUAUCGACCAACAUGUCUUCUGAAUCUUCGUGAUACUCAUGUUGUUAUUACAGGUGGUUCAAGUGGUAUUGGAAAAGAAUUAGCUAAACAAUUAUUAAAUGAACAUCAAGCACGUGUAACAAUUUUAGCACGAAAUCAAAAACGUCUUGAUGAAUGUCGACAAGACUUAGCUCCAGAUAAUAAUGAACGAUUAUUUUGUCUUUCUGUUGAUGUUAGUGGAUCGUAUACAGAUAUACAACAAGUAAUUGAACAAGCUUGUCAAUAUCAUGGGAAUCGACCAGUUAGUAUUUUAAUCAAUAAUGCUGGUAUUUUUUAUGCUAAAACAUUUGAUGAAACAACAGCCGAUGAAUUUGAACAAAUGGUUCGUAUUAAUUAUUUGGGUGCUGUUUUUUGUACGAAAGCAUGUCUUCCAUCAAUGCGUCAACUUGGUUCUGGUCGUAUAGUUCUUGUUUCGUCUCAAGCUGGUCAAAUUGGUGUAUAUGGUUAUACAUCUUAUUGUUCAACAAAAUUUGCUUUAAAAGGUUUAGCUGAAUCUUUACAAAUGGAAUUAGCUCGUGAUAAUAUAUAUGUUACUGUUGCAUAUCCACCUGAUACUGAUACACCAGGAUUUACUGAAGAAAAAAAAACACAACCAAUAGAAACACGUUUAAUUAAUGACACAUCAGGUGUUUUAUCAGCUGAAGAAGUAGCAAGAAAAAUAAUUAUAUCUACUCAAAAAGGUUCAUUUUCAUGUUGGUAUGGUAUAAAUGGAUUUUUAUUAGAAUGUUUAACAAGUGGUGCUCAACCAAUUACGAAUACAUUAGAACUUAUAUCUCAAUGUUUAACUGUUGGCUUAGCACGAUUAAUUAUUGCUGGACUAUUAAAUACAUUCUAUGCAAUUACUAAAAAUAAAAAUUCAAGAAAAAACAAGACAAAUUAA